CAACGGUUUAACCAAGAAAGAUUUAGAGAGUUGCUAAUCUUAGCAAUUGUGAAGCAUGAUUUACCUUUUCAGUUUGUGGAAUAUGAGGCAAUUAGAUCUAUUUUUACGUAUUUGGAAGCUCAAGUAAAUUAUUUCACUAGAAACACCGCAAGGACUGAUAUUCUCAAGAUGCAUAAAAAUGAAUGCAAUAGAAUAGCUCAAGAAAUGCAUUCAUGCCCUGGAAAAAUUUGUUUCAAUUCUAAUUUGUGGACUUCUAUUGCCACUGAUGGUUAUAUAUGCUUGACAGCACAUUUCAUUGAUUCUAAUUGGGUUUUACAAAAAAGGAUAAUUAACUUCUCUUACAUGCCUCCACCUCACUCUGGUAUUGCAUUGUGUGACAAAAUUAAUAGUUUAUUCAAUGUUCGGGGAAUUCAGAGAAAGGUUUUCACAAUUACAUUAGACAAUGCGGCUGCAAAUGAUGUGUUUGUUGGCCUUUUAAGGGAUCAACUUGGUUUAAAUUGUUCAUUAGUGAGUGGCGGCGAGCUUUUGCAUGUUCGUUGUUGUGCACACAUUCUCAAUUUAAUUGUGCAAGAAGGUUUGAAAAGAAUUGAUAGUUCUGUUGAUAAAAUUCCUGAAUGUGUAAAGUAUGUGAAAGGCAGUCAAGUGAGAAAGCAAAAGUUUAUAGAAUCGGUUACCCAAACUUCACUUGAUUCUAAGAAAUCACUAAGGUAAGAUGUUCCUACUAGAUGGAAUUCUACAUAUUUGAUGCUUUCUAGUGCCAUGUAUUAUCGGCGUGCUUUUAAUCAUUUGAGAUUGGCUUAUACUAAUUUCACACAUUGUCCGGGACAAGUUGAAAAAAUAUUCAAAUUCCAUGAGGCUUUCUAUGAGACAACAACUUUGUUUUCUGGAGUGAAAUAUCCUACUGACAACCUUUACUUUCCUCGCAUCUUUACGGUUCAGUUGACAAUAAGUCAAGCCUUGCAAAGCUCUGAUGAUUUCAUGAGAUCAAUGGCCAAUCGGAUUUUUCAUAAAUUUGAUAAGUACUGGAAAGAUUAUAACAUUUUGUUUGCCAUUGCCGUGAUAGUUGAUCCGAGGUUCAAGAUGCAAUUUGUUGAGUUUUGUUACAACAAGUUAUAUGGACAUGGUAGUAAUGAAUUAAGUCUUGUAAGAUCCAAAUUGGUUUCUUUGUUUGAGGAAUAUAUGCACAUGGGUAUUGCUUCCAAGGUAAGUACUAGCAGUGCAUCUUCGAGCUCUCAUAGUGUCAUUGAUGAUAAUGCUUCUCAUGCUCUAAAUUUAGGCAGCGGAUGCAUGGAUGUUUUGAAGGAAUUUGACACUUUUCAAAGUUUAGAAUUCAUUGGCAGAGCUCAAAAGAGUCAAUUAGAGCUAUAUUUGGAAGAACCAACAAUUGAUAGAAUAACAAAAUUAGAUGUUCUCGGCUAG